AUGGAAAAUGAGCAAAUUUCGAAGUUCGAAUAUGCACAUCUCGAAAAAUGCAUGAUUGAACUUGAAAGGCAAGCUGAUGAACUGCAAGAGAAUCGACGAAGGUUCGAAAAAAACUCCUGAUUUUAGUUAAUCAAUUGAUUUUGCAGACUUCAAGAAGAACUAGUAGUAGAGAGAAUAUUAAACGAACUACGUAUUGAAGUUGAACUUUUGGAGGGGUUUUAUGAAAAACAAUCGGAAUUGGAUGGAUCUGGGGAAUGUGAUGGUAGUGGUGAAUAUGAUCCGACGCCUAUUCAAAACCAAACUAGAAUUAGUCGAGAAAUCAAAGAUGCGCAACAAAGUGCAUGCAGUUUUUUUGAAGUGAGACAUGUGAGUUUUUUGGUAUUAGCACUGAAGGUUUGCUUCAAACUCUGAAAGUAUAAUCGGCCCGAGUUUUUUCAAAAAAAAAAUCGGUCCGAGUUUUUUCAAAAAAAAAAAAGUCGGCUCGAGUUUUUUCAAAAAAAAAUCGGCUCGAGUUUUUUCAAAAAAAAAAUCGGUCCGAGUUUUUUCAAAAAAAAAAGUCGGCUCGAGUUUUUUCAAAAAAAAAUCGGUCCGAGUUUUUCAAAAAAAAUCGGCUCGAGUUUUUUCAAAAAAAAUCGGUCCGAGUUUUUUCAAAAAAAAAAGUCGGCUCGAGUUUUUUCAAAAAAAUCGGUCCGAGUUUUUUCAAAAAAAAGUCGGCUCGAGUUUUUUCAAAAAAAAGUCGGCUCGAGUUUUUUCAAAAAAAAGUCGGCUCGAGUUUUUUCAAAAAAAAAAUCGGUCCGAGUUUUUUCAAAAAAAAAAUCGGUCCGAGUUUUUUCAAAAAAAAAAAGUCGGCUCGAGUUUUUUCAAAAAAUCGGUCCGAGUUUUUUCAAAAAAAAGUCGGCUCGAGUUUUUUCAAAAAAAAGUCGGCUCGAGUUUUUUCAAAAAAAAAUCGGCUCGAGUUUUUUCAAAAAAAAAAAUCGGCCCGAGUUUUUUCAAAAAAAAAAAAUCGGCUCGAGUUUUUUCAAGCAUACCUACUAUUUUAAAAAUGAAAAUCAGGAUUUCAAGUAGAAAAAUGUUUCUAGUUUGAUUUAAAAAAAACAAUUUUUAAUUGAUCUGAAAUUAUUUGCACGUGAACCGUGAAGUUUUAAUUUCUAAAAAAAAAUCAAAUUCCGAUAUUUUUGCAGGGACAUCGACAUGCACAAAGAGAAACACGAAGUCAUUCACCACAAACUGAUCCUGAAGCUGAUAUUGAUUGGUUAGAUGAUAUGACGUCACACAAAAAACAAUCUUCGUAUCCACAAAAAUCUAAAAGUCCAACACCGGGAUUUUCCAGAUGUGGUUUAGAUGAUGAAUUGGGUUUUGAUCCGUUUGUUGAAUCGGCAAAAGGAUUGGCAGAUUUAUUGCGAGAGGAGAGUGAGGAUUAUCCGAGUUCGGUGUUUGGCGGAAGAUUGUUCGGUGCAUCGAGUGGGUUGAGUUAUCAACAACAACAGUAGCAGAAUCAACAGAAUUCAUUGUCACAGUGAGUUUUUCAUUGUUUGAUUAUCAAUUUUUUAAAUUCUCGAAAUCAUCUGAAAAAUCUAGAGCCGAAAUUACGAUUUUUUCCACACAAGCCAGUUUUCAGACAAAUAAUAAAUUAAAGAUAUUUUUCAAUUAUUUUUUCGAAAUUUAUAUGUUUUCUGACUGAACUUUUCAAUAAUAUUGAAAUUUUUUAUUUAUGGGGGAUAUUUUUACAAGUAAAAAUUAUAAAUAAAAAAUUACAAUUCAAAUCUCUUGGCAGAAAAAAAAACAAAAAAAAAUACUUUAAAAAAAAAACUUUCUGAACUAUGAUACUGUGAAAUCUAGAACUCAUGUUCCAAAUUUUCUAGAUUGUUCAACCAACAACAUCAACAAGCUGUAGCCGCGUCCGCUGCUGUUUCUCAACAAGAAUAACAACACGCGCAUCAACAGCAGCAACAAUUGGCUGCAUCCUCAUCACUUCGGUCAUCAUCUCCAGCACAUUCUCCCCUUCAGAACUUUUAAAUCCCCUUCAGAACUUUUGGAAAUCCACAGUAGUUCAUUUUGGUAAAAGUAAUUCAAAAACUAAAUAUUUUGCAAAUAAAAUUGAAAUACCUAGUAAGGAAUUUGUUCGUGACUGAGACCCGUUCAACCUAAAAUUACUGUUAAAACCAUAUUCUGAUCAAAAAACAAAUUUUCAAGCAUUUUUUCUUUUCAAGCAACCAUACUCAGAAGCUGAAACUGCAUGGCUAAAUUUUUUCACAAUCCAAUUUUUAGAGCUAAAUGUUGAAAAAAAUAUAAUCUGCAAGUUACUUCAAGAAAUGAAAAAUACGGCGGGGAAAUGGUCAGGAAAACGUUUUCAAGAAUCAAACCGUCAAAAAACGUUUUACCUAAAGAAAACUACGCGCCAAGCCGAGACAAUCCUGAAGGAGGAGCCGGCGUUGGCCGGCGGAGCCCUUCUGGUUUUGAUUGAAAUAAAAAAUUCACCUUGAUCCAAGAAAUUUUUUUUUUAAAAAUCAAUAAUUAUUCAUGAGACGUGACCCAAAUAUUUCACUUUUUUUCGAAAACUCGAAAAAUGUCACAUUUCUAAAAAGAUGGAUUUAGAAACAAGUCCAAUUUCAAAACCCAAAAAGAGAUUUGAUUUCAAAGAUUUCAAAAAAUCAAUAAUCACUGUUAUUAUAUUUCUAGCUAUCGUAUUUCUAUUAUACGCAAAAAAUCAAGGUUAUAUUAAAAAUGAUCAAGUUACGCCAAGUGUAAGACCACAUAUUCAUGAAGAACCAAAUACAAAUCCGGAGAUUCAAGAUGAAAUAAAAAUAGAACAAGAAAAAUCAAAAGAGGAAACUGUUUGUAGAACUAGAGAAUGUAUAAGACUUGGAGAUCUAAUGGUAAGAAUUACUUGUAAAUCAAAAAAAAUUCCGAAUUAUUUUCAGAAAUCUUUGAUGAACCCAAAAGUCGAUCCAUGCAAUGAUUUUUAUGAAUCAAUUUGUGGAAAUUAUCCAAGAAAUGGUGAGACAGAAAUAAUCGAACGAGAAAAAAAUGACUAUAACAAAUUGUUAAAAUUCAUGACAAGCUAUAAAGGCAAAACAAGGUCCGAGAAAAUUGCAAAGACAGUUUGGGAAAAAUGUAUGGAAGAUUCAGAAAGUCGUUUUCAACUUGAUAUGAGUUUUUGGUCUGAUUCCAAAAAUCAUAGCUUGACUGAUUAUUUGAUUGAGGCUGUGAAGGUUAAUCCAAUCAACACUGGAUUUUUGAAAAAUAAAAUUUACAUGCGCCGAAAUACAGCUAAAAACUCAAAAUAUCUUUAUCUUUCUAUAUCGCAAGAUCUUGAAAAAAAUUCAAGAAUGGGAAAAUAUUUCGAAAUUCUUUAUGCGCAAUCCAAAAUAUCGGAGAGAUCCAAAAUUAUGAAAUUGAGUGAUGCCAAAAAAAUAAUCAAGUUUAUUGAUCUUGAAAAAUAUGUGAAAGGUUUGUUACCUGAAGAAUAUCGUGGGCAGAAAAAUGAAGGGGAAUACGAAGUUGAAAUAAAUUCACUGAUUAUUCUUGAAAAAAUUGUUGGAAUGGUUGGAAUUGAUCAUGUAAAACAAGUUCUUCGAGACAAAUGGAAAUCAACAAUAAACAAAUAUUUGGUGAAUCCGGAAUUUGAAGAAUGUUUCAAGGAAAUGAACAAACUAUUUCCUGGAACUCUUGCCACAAUUUUUGUCAAAGAAUUUGUUGGCGAUAAAAACCUUGAAAAAGCUGAUCAAUUGUUCAAAGAUCUUCAAGAAGUAUUCACAGAAAUGAUUAAUGAAAAUACUUGGAUGGAUCAGAAAUUGAAAGAUGUUUUGAAACAAGAAGUAAUGGAGAUCAAAUCAUCGAUUGGAAUUCCAGAUGAACACAAAACUCAAGACAAAAUUGAUAAAAUGUAUUCGAAAAUUGGGGAAGAUUAUGAAAAGCAACAUUAUUUGACUUUGAUUCGAAAUAUUUUGAAAAUGAAUAGCGAAGGAACAUUUUUGAGAAUUUCAAGAAAAGAGGAAUUAUCAUAUCUUGGAUCAACAAUGAAAUUCAAUGUAAACUAUUUUCGACCAAAUCAUCGAACAUGUAAGUUAUCAUAACUAUGUGGGUUCUUCUCAUACAGUAGAAAAAUUUCAGCCAUCAGUCCCGUUCUUCUCAAAUUUCCAUACCUUGAUGAAUAUUUACCAGAAUGGAAUAACUUUGCAACUCUUGGUUAUCUUUUGGGACAUGAAAUUGGACAUUCUUUUGAUGCUGAAGAUUUUUACAAGAAUCCAAUGGGAACUGAUAUCAAAAUUUCAUCAAAAAUCAAGAAAAUAUUCCAAGAACGUAUUGAUUGUUUAAUUCAAAAAUAUAACAAAUAUCAAUUUACAGAUGGAAGUUUUGUGAGUUACAAUAACUUUUGUUUUUUUUAAAUAUUUCUUUUAGUCAAAUGGAACUCUAACUCAAAUCGAGGAUUCUGCAGAUAUGAUUGGAUUCAAUCUUGCUUAUCGUUUGUUCAAAAAAGCGAAUAAUAAUGAAAAAUUGCCAAGUCUUGAAAAAUAUAGUGUAGAACAACAAUAUUUUCACAGAUUGGGUUAUGUACGUUUUUCUCUAUCACAGUUUUUUUUUCAAAUGUUGAAAUUUAGAUUUGGUGCUCUGCGGAAAUGUCAAAAUCAAUUGAGUCUGCGAAAAAAGAUACGCAUAGUCUUGGAAAAUUUCGUAUCAAUGGAAUGAUGUCAAAUUCCAAAGAAUUUGCAAAAGCCUUCAAUUGCCCGAAAAAUAGUCCAAUGAAUCCAGAGAAGAAAUGCCCUUUGUAUAAAUGA